UGUGUGCUCGUUGUCGUUGUUUUCCAUCUCGCUGCAGGCUUCAACUGACCCUGCUAAACUUUUUUUCGUCAGCCUCAUUCGUCAUAGCAUAACGACAUAACAUCGUUGUCGCGACACAACAAUGGCUCGCGGUUAUUGUACAGAAGUCACGGCGCAAUGUCCGGUUGAGGCUACCACUUAUGGAUACCGACCGAAUCAAGGAGCCAACAUCUUCUUCUGUGUUGUCUUUGGAAUCCUGUUCAUCGCACAAUUAUUCCUCGGAAUCAAGGCUCGUCUGAAGGGUUUCACAUUUGCCGUCGUCAUUGGAUGUUUUGGAGAAUGCGUCGGAUACAUUGGAAGACUGAUCAUGCACAACAACCCUUGGAGUCAAACUGGAUUCAAGAUUCAGAUCGUUUGUCUCAUUCUAUCACCCUCCUUCCUCGCAGCCGGAAUCUACCUUACGAUCAAGCAUCUGGUUAUCCACUUCGGUCCCCAGUACUCCAGACUUAGACCCAACCUUUACACCUGGAUUUUCAUCACUGCCGAUGCUGCGAGUAUUCUCGUCCAAGCUGCCGGUGGUGGUAUCGCAGCAGGCGAGCAGCUCGAGCUGGUCAAGAUCGGAAACUCAAUCAUGGUCGCUGGUAUCUGCGUUCAAGUCGCCACAAUGGCUUUGUGUGGUGUUGUCGCUGCCGAUUUCUUCCUUCGCCGCUACAGAUCUCGUCAAGCUCAGACAAACCUCGACGACCCCAUGACCCGCUCAACCGCAGGCUUCAAAUACUAUGUUGGCGCUUCAGCUCUUGCUUUCGUCACCGUCUUCAUUCGUUCCGUCUACCGUAUUCCUGAGAUGGUUGGUGGAUGGGGUAACCCUCUGAUGCAGAACGAGAAGGAGUUCUUGGUUCUGGACGGAAUGUGAGUUAUCAUUGAACAUCCCAUAUAUUGAAAAUCCAAUUUACUGACGUCAAAACAGGAUGGUUUGCAUCGCCGCCAUUGCCCUUACCGUCGCACACCCUGGAGUUUUCUUCCCCGAAUUCAAGGAGCACA